AUGUCACUGUGGCUCAACAGAUUCUCAGACACCUCAUCGAGAGAGCCGACACCGUCGGCCACUCCCAGAUCCUUUUCGCCAACGCCGCGACGAUCGAUACAGCUCUCUGGAAGCACGCUACCCAGGAGACCAGGCAUACAGCCGAGAACCUCGUCGCUCUCCAUUACUUCGCUUGCAGGCUCUACGGAGAGUCUUCCCGCGGCGGCUAGAAUUCCAAAUGGCACGAACCUGAGAGCUCAGCUUGCUGGCAGUCUGCCAGCAGGUGACCCGCGAGACCCUUUGCAUGUCCUCGAGUCUAUUGUUGGGCCUGGCAAGCAUGAUGCAGAGGAGACAGAUCUUGAUCAUGCAGCGAUUGCGCAAGAUAUCGAGCUCGGUAGCAUGCGCCUGGAGGAGUUUGCUACGGCCUCGUUAGAGAGCUCGCCAGUACAAGAGAAUGGUGUCAAGGAAAUUACAGUAAUCCACGACUUUGAGAAGGAGAAAGACAAAUUUGAAGAUCUUCACAAGUCCAUCGCAGCAUGCGAUGAAGUGCUCAAGUCCGUGGAAUCUUACCUGACCAGCUUCCAAGCAGAACUCGCCUCAGUGUCUUCUGAGAUUGAAUCCUUACAAAAUAGAUCGACGACUCUGAAUAACAAGCUCGAUACUCGAAAGGCCGUGGAGAGAGUGCUUGGACCUGAGGUGGAAGCUUUCAGCAUCCCGCCUGCCGUGGUCAGGAAGCUGACAGAAGGCGGUGUUGACGACCAGUGGAUCAAAUCGCUUCACGAGCUUGAACGACGAUCUAAGCAGAUCGAUGUCAAGAUCAAAGAAGGCAAAGACAUAAAGGCAGCCCAGGAUGUUAAGCCAUUCAUCAACGAUGUCUCAGCGAAAGCUGUCGAGCGCAUACGAGACUACGUCGUUGCUCAAAUCAAGGCUUUACGCUCACCAAGCAUCAAUGCCCAGAUCAUACAGCAAAACAGCUUCCUGAAAUACAAGGACGUAUUCGCAUUUCUCCAAAGGCAGCAGCCCCAGCUAGGCGAAGAGAUCUCCCAAGCUUACAUUAAUACUAUGCGGUGGUAUUACUCUCACAACUUCGCCCGGUACAAGGCUUCUUUGGAGAAGCUCAAUGUCCACAUCAUUGACCAAACCGAAGUGAUAGCCGCAGAGGGUGGUGUUCGAAGGGGUGGCAAAACUGGCGUUCUCCACGACCCAUUCUCAAUUGGUCGACGCAUGGACAUUCUCGGCGGAAGCAACGAGGUCGCUAUGCCAUCUUUCGCCGCUGAAGACGACAAAGGCACACACUAUCUUGAAGUCCCCUUCCGCGCCAUGAAUCUAGCGCUCGUUGACAACGCUUGCGCCGAAUACUCCUUCCUGACCGAAUUCUUCUCCAAACAACAAUCAUUUCAAACGACGAACCGCAAAUUCAACGAAAUCUUCUCGUCCACCUUUGAACUCGGUCAAGCACUCACCAAACAACUUAUUGAAACAUCUCACGACGCUUUGGGAGUUCUGAGCUGCGUCCGCCUCACCCAACACUACGCAUUUGAGCUUCAACGCCGCAAAGUCCCGGUCGCAGAGUCAUACAUCAAUGGCACGAAUAUGCUACUCUGGCCUCGAUUCCAGCAGAUCAUCGAUGCUCAUUGCGACUCGAUACGCAAAGCCACAGCAGCACUGUCCGGCAAACCCGCCGGCUCGGCACUCAGUUUGACCAGUUCUCCUGCUUCCACUCAGACCACAGCUCCUCAUCCUCUGACUCAAAGGUUUGCGAAUUUCUUACAAGGCAUACUCGCUUUGAGCAGAGAGGCUGGUGAUGAUGAGCCCGUUUCGAAAAGUGUGGGUAGACUGAGAGGAGAGUUUGAAGCGUUCUUGGUGAAGAUGAGCAAGGGCGUUGCAGAAGCGAGGAAGCGGGAGAGGUUCUUGGUGAAUAAUUACUCUUUGAUCUGCACGAUUAUUGGCGAUACAGAAGGCAAGCUGGCGGAUGAGGCGAGGUCGCACUUUGAGGAGUUGAGAGAUGCUCUCAACGUAGAGUCGUAG